AUGGCGUCAAGUAGUGAAGAUGAAGUCGCGAUCGCUAGUGCCAUGUUUAUAGUUAUAACUGCAGGACUUAAAAAGAAAAACAAAAACAAAAAGCGUAGAUGGUGGACUACAACUUUGUUCAAAAAUCGAGAGAGAUAUGGUGGUAAUUCUUUAUUGAACGACCUGAUGACAGAGUAUUCUGGAAAGUUUGAAAACUUUUGCCGAAUGUCUCUCUCAGAUUUUGAGUAUUUGUUUAAUUUGAUUGGUCCAAACAUAACCAAACAAAAUACUCACCUUAGAAAAUGUGUUUCUGCUAAGGAUAGAUUUGCUGUAACACUAAGGUUCUUAGCUAGUGGUGAUCACUAUCAAAGCCUUAGCUAUCUAUUUAAAAUUUCACCACAGCUUAUUUCAACAAUUGUGGUUGAUGUAUGCAAUGCUUUGAAAAAUGGACUUUCGGAUCAAGUAAAGAUUCCUAGUAAUCCUGAAGAAUGGCGAAAAGUAUCAGAUUUGUUUGAAAAAAGAUGGAAUUUCCCCCCACUGUAUUGGGGCACUUGA